AUGAAAGAGGAACGACAAAAUGCAUCCGGCGAUGAACGACUGAUUUGGCUUGGACAACCCAGGACGAAACAUUGGUGCCGUGACCAGGAUGAACCGAACAACUCCGGCAAUGUGAUUUACACCUUCGGCAGCGGUCAGCUACUCAAGCAAAUCAAUUGGUCGUCGACGGACAUUGACCAGCGCGUUCCGUUAUCCAUCAAAGUUCCCACCUUCGCCGGUGAUAACCUGGAAGAAGGUGCAUCCGAAGCUGGCGUGGGGAAGUUCAUGAACGACGACUGCCAGUACAUGUUCGACUUCAGCUACCUGCGAACUCUCAUCCUCGGAGAUCUGAUUCACGAAGGCGGCAAGCGUAUUUGCCGCCGGUUGGCCUCUCUUCGACAGGAAGAAGAGUGUGAUCUGCCUCAGCAGCUUGAUGAGGCUCAAGGCGAAGACCUUCCGGUACCUAAGCAUGAUGGAGAACCGGUACACAUCAUGGGAAGCAUCGUUGUGUAUCCCGAGAAGAAACACGAUCGCGUGCCAAUCGUCGAUUUUGAUGAUUUGACAUUGUACUGCAUGAAGCUGGACUUUAGCAAGAUGAAGGCCUGGUCCGUAUUUCCGGGGGAAACCGUUGUCUUGAAGAAGGGGCAAUCCUCGUGGAAAAGCCUUCCAAGUUCAAAAAGUUCACACGAGAUAAACCUAGAGCUUCUCAAAGCGCCGAUGGAACUCGGAAAGAAACUAAGCAUGGUGAUCGCGUCAGGUCCUUACACUGCAAAGGAUGAUCUCUUUAAUCCCUUGUUCAACACGAUCGCCGAAACCUACGAUGAGUACUUCGAAAAACUGAUCAUCAACAUAAUGAGUUCUGUAUCGACCAACACCGAGGUGUUGAUCGUGUCGCAUCAUGAUGACCUUAUGUCCAUGUUCGUUUACCCUUCAUUCCCGUACCACCUUUACUCAGAAACUUUCCCCAACCAGCGCUUCUUGUCGGACUCCUGCAUUGUUUCGAUCAACGGACUGGAAAUCGGCAUCACAACCGCGGACAUCAUCAAGGAUUUGUCCGAGGAUGAGGAGAGCGGUGGUCAGAAGGGCGAUAAAAUCAAGCAUGCGACGGUCAAUGACAAGGAUUUCAGCUGGAAAAAGGAAAUUAAUCCUACGGAGGGCACACUGGGUACCCAUGGCAACAAUAUCAGGGACAUAAGGUAUGUUGCUCAUCCAAUUAUCCUGAUGCAGUUGGAGACUAGGAGAUCUACUGCAAUCCAAUUCAUGGACAUAAGGGUGUCCUUGAUCAAACCAAGGAACGAUCACUAG